AAGAAGAAGAAUGCAACACUACAAUUAAAUAAAUUCGGUAUGUCUUGGCUUUGGGUCAAAGAGAAAAAACAGCAUGGUUCUCGCGUUUGGACCUUGCAACCCGCACGCUUUGCUCACGUGACUUCAAAGUCUAUUCAAGUCUAUUCUUUGCCUCUUUAUAAAUAAAGCCCCCCAUACCAUUUUCCUUCUCCGUUCGGAUCAAAAGUACAACUAACUAGUAGUACUACUCAUCUAAAACUCUUCUCUCAUACAAAUUCAUCUUUUCCUGUGCCUCUCUGUUGAUUAUCCCAAAAAUACUUUUCUUCUUAAUUCCACCAUGUCUGCAUUUGGAAAAUUGGUUGUAAUAAUGGUUAUGGCUAUGGUAGCCAUUAGCUUAGAUAAAGCUUAUGCCGGAGACCCAGACAUGCUUCAAGAUGUUUGUGUUGCUGAUCUUAAUUCCAGCUUUAGCGUAAAUGGAUAUCUUUGCAAGAAGAACUUUUCAGAAAUAGACUUUUCAUCAAUGGUCAUAGCAAAGCCAGGAGCAACCAACAACACAUUUGGUUCCUUAGUCACAGGUGCAAAUGUCAUGAAAGUCCCUGGCCUUAACACACUUGGUGUGUCGAUGGCUCGUAUCGACUAUGCCCCUGGUGGAAUUAACCCACCUCACACUCAUCCCCGUGCCACUGAAAUGGUCUUUGUCUUGGAGGGUGAAUUAGAUGUUGGUUUUAUUACAACAUCUAAUGUUUUGGUCUCAAAGCAUAUUGUUAAAGGUGAAGUGUUUGCUUUCCCUAGAGGACUAGUACACUUCCAGCAGAACAAUGGUGAUGUUCCAGUAGCCGUCAUCUCGGCCUUCAACAGCCAGUUGCCGGGGACACAAUCGAUUGCAACAACGUUGUUUGCUUCCACACCAACUGUUCCUGAUCAUGUCUUGACCAAAACAUUCCAAGUUGGUACAAAGCAGAUCGAGAAAAUUAAGUCAAGGUUGGCACCUAAGAAGUAAAUGUUUCGUUAAUUAAGGGUUCUUGUGACAAUAAUUUACUUUGUUGAGGUGGUUAAUUGUGACAACAAUUGGUGUGUUUAUAUACGAUGGGGUCGGAUUGGAUUUUUUUUUUCUUUUUUUUUUUUGGUUUUUUAUAUUCAUCUCCAAUAAUGUUGUAACAGCCUAAUGUUUCUCUGUUGGUCAAGAAUAAAUGUGAUCCUUCUCUUUCUAA